GAUUUUGCAUUCUUUCAAGCGCCAAGGUCAAAGAAAAUUUUAUUGCUUUCAUUGGGAAUGGUGAACUUUUGUGCUAUGGCAUGCUUUUCUCUUCUUUCUCCAUUUUACCCAAAAGAGGCCGAAGACAAAGAUGUAACGCAGACUGUGAUUGGUUUAGUCUUCGGAUCCUUUGAGUUUACAAUAUUUCUAACAGCACCAAUCUAUGGAAAUUUCAUAACGAAGAUUGGCUCCAAGUUCAUGUUUGUUUCCGGUAUUUUUGUGUGUGGCGUGUGUACCAUUCUAUUCGGAUUUCUGGAUGCUGUGCCUGACGAAACCACCUUCGUAGUACUUUGUUUCCUGACUCGUAGUAUAGAGGCCCUUGGAGCGUCCGCCUACAUUACAGCUAGCUUCGCAAUUAUAUCUCAUGCCUAUCCAAAACAUGUAUCCACUGUCAUAGGAAUUUUAGAGACAUUCAGUGGAGUAGGUAUGAUGGUGGGUCCAGCAAUUGGCAGUGCUUUAUACGUGUUUGGCGGUUUCGGUAUGCCGUUUUUUAUUCUGGGAGGAGUUUUGAUAUUCUGUGGAAUGCUUUGUCCUCUUGUUAUGCCAAUAAUUGAAGACAAGAAGCAAACGUUAUCGAAGUCAAUAUUUUACCUGCUCAGGAGCCCACUGUGUGUUAUUAUCUGUUUUGUCACUGUCUGUGGUACGUUUGGAAUAGGAUUCCUGGAACCAGUGUUAGCUGAGCGACUGAAUGAGCUGAAUCUGUCUACAAUACUGAUAGGGAUCAUGUUCCUCAUCAAUUCCGCCACUUACGCCCUCGGGGCUCCGGUUUGGGGCUGGAUUGGAGACACGAAGGGAGUAAUAAAAGGUCUGUUAAUAUUUGGGAACAUAUCGACUGGUUUUGGAUACAUGUUGCUGGGGCCUGCGCCAUUCAUGACAUUCUACCCAUUUGAGGUGUGGGCUCAGGUACUGGCCCUCGUGCUCUUGGGUGUUCUGUGUGGAGCGGCUAUUAUCCCCACUUACAAUGCUUUGUUUGAGGGAGCUGUUAAACAACUUGGAAUGGAGGAUGAUUUUGAAACUCAUGGAUUAAUAUCAGGUCUCUAUAAUUCAUGCUGGUCUCUGGGAGCUUUUAUCGGUCCGAUGACAGCCGGUGCGUUGGUACAGGAGUUCGAGUUCCCUUGGUCUUGCACAGCAUGCGGAGGGCUGUUUAUAUUUGCCGGUCUUGUGGUGUUAGUAUACGUUAUCUUAGAGAGAUACACGCUCCUUUGUCCCAACAAACCACCAAAGGCUGGAUAUGAAAAGAUGAUAGACGAAACCCUUUGUGAGAGUGAACAAGUUUAA